AUAUUUUCUUAGGACUGUUUGCUAAAUGUAUUUGCUGCUAUACUAGGUACAAAAAGAACACUACCUUAACUACAGAAGAGCAUAUUUUAAGGAAAGCACAGACAUCUUCUCAAGCAAUUCAAAGGACUUAUCUAAGAGCGGUGGAGAGUUUAGUCUUGGUCCCAGUCCCUUCAGAGUGUCGUCAAACACCUCAACUUCUGCCAUGCCAGCUACUGGUAACAUCGCAGCUCCUCAGGCGUUUGGUCUUAGCGGACUUCAGAGAAAUCCUACUGGUUUAACAGGUACUUUGAGUUCCACUGGAACAAGCUCUCUCAGUAAUCCAUUUGGUACCACUACAGGCCUCGGCGGUACAAAUAUACCUGGGGCCGGUGCAUUUGGAUCACUGCUAAACACCGGCACUUUAGGAACCUCUGGACUUGGUACCACUACUGGUUUAACAACUGGAUUUGGGACUCCUGCUUUGGGGGCUUCCACGGGAGGGGCAUUGGGUUCUUCUGGUACAGGGCUUGGUGGGAGCACUUUUGGCGCAGGGGCAUCGGCAUUUAGCGCUCAACCCAAGUUUCAACUUCAACGGCCGCCAGCUGGUAACAAGAGAGGAAAACGAAGGUGAAAAAAGGCUUUUUAGUCCUUUAUUCACCCUGUGUAAACUGUGUGCUUGACUGACUUGAACCUGAGCUUUGUUGCUUGCAGUGGCGUUUCAGUCGACUCGAAAAAUACCCGCAACAAGGCUUGAGUGAAUUUCAUCUACGAACACUUUUAAAUUUUGCGAGGAAAGGAUACUGAAGCUGUUUUUUGUUUGUUUGUUGGUCAAUGUCAAAUUAGUCUGUAAAAUCUGGAUAGUAAUAUAAUCAGGCCAUAAACUCAAUGUUUUAUAGAGCUCUAUAUUCGUCUUAGGUUUACCAGGGACAUUUUUUGACUCGAAAAAGGCGCAUGUCGCUUUGACGACUUACGCAGCUUAUCCUGUUAACAACGGGCCCUUCCUUGACCAAACAUUCCUGUUAGAAAUCCGGAAAAGUCUAGUGAGAAACGGAACAGCUUUCUGCUCUAGUCGACUGUACCUGAAGCGAGAAUAUACUUUUUAACCAAGAUUUCCAAACAAGAUGACAAUCUUGUAAGGUUUACCCAAAUUUUCGACAAUUUCUGUUGGACGUUGCUCCCAGAAUUUCCCAAGUUUUUAACUGAAUUGUUAAAAUUUCGGAAAUUCAGCAGUUUCCAAUUUUCCUGGAGACUUUCCCGUGAAAUUUCCUUGCCAUUCGCUACCUUUCCGAAAUUUUUGGUCAAAUGGAGAGCGAUGAUUAAAUAAGCUAUUCAGGAUAAGUCACUUUUAUUUUGACGCAAAACAGUAAAGUGAAUAUGAUUUAUAUGUUUUUUACACUAUGACCCUUCCUAGCGGAGAGCGCUUUUCAUUUGCUCUUUACUUAUGCCAGAGAGGUUAGUUCGCGGAGGUUAGUUUACAGACCUUCUAUUUUGUCUUAAGAUCGUCGAGCGUGAAAGCAAAAUAAUACUUCGCGGCGACUGAACGACUGCCGCCCGGGCAAGAGGAGGAGGCUUCGCUUGCUUCUUUGUAUAAAAGGCUUUUCGUUGUAAUGCGUUUUUGACAACAAGUAUUUUCCAGUUGUCAAACGAUUUGACUCUUGUUUAAAGCGUUACGGUAAAAUUUUCGCUUUGAAUUUGGAGAAUGAAAUGUGGCUUUCUUUAGACAAAUGACAACAAUUUUAUUUGGUUCCAAAACUAGGUUUCCUUGCAUAGAUUAACAAGUUUUUGUUUCGUGGUGAAAGAUUGUUUAUUUUCCUCUUAAUUUUUUUCACAAAUACUGCUAGCUACUUGCAGAUAUUUUUGCCAACACUCAAUACAGUAAAAACUCGCAUGGAAGAACCUGGUGAUUUAAGAACCUUCUGGCAAAAAAUUUACCAUUUUAAUGCCUAAAAAUAUAAGAACCUGUUUAGCCAAGGAAGAUCACGAAGGUUUUUAAAUGUGGAUUACAGCUAAAUUAUGAUAACCAUUAUAAUCUAGGAGUUUGACCUUGAGAUUGCAAAUUUACAUCACAAGAAAAUACGUAACAAAGUUAAUAAAUACUGUAUAUUGAAGGAACAAACGGUUUGAAACCCAGGUUUAUUCAUUUUUCUAGUAAUUAACAACUAUAUCUCCUUCAUAGAAAUUAAGAACCUAAUUAGGAUCCUACUUAGCCUAAAUUACCCCAAUUUUGCCAGACUUCAAAAAAGUUAGGUUCUUACAGGCGGGUUUUUGCAGUAUUCAAUGCUCUUUUAUACUAACGAUUUGAAUCAGCUCAGUGACGAAAUUUACUUUUUAUUGCAUGUAGUUGUGGCAGACAAACAAAAGACUUUGUACAGGACUAGUUACUAUUUAUCAGUUCCCCCCGGCAAUAUGAACAGAUUCAAUAAAAAAGCAACAAAACAUA